AUGGGUGUAAGGCUCGACAAGACGAUUGCCGAAUCGAAGUGGUGUCUGUCUACUUCCAUCAUGGAGCCGGGAAGAAACGAAAUCGUUGGUUGCAUACUGGAACGUGUAAUGACAAGAAUUCAGUGGGCCCUUGAACAGUCUUCUGUCGACCUUGAUUAUUUGGAGUAUGUUUGCAAUCAAGAAUACAUCUUACUGGAUACAGCAUCCCGAAUUUUUGAGAUACCCUCCCCGAUAACAGAAGGUCUGAUACAGCUAGGCAGAUGUGUGACAGCUGCCAUAGAAGAGAAACAAGGCUCUAUAUUGUUCAGACUGUUGCAAGGGGAAAGAGGAAGCCCAAAGUUUGAGUUCUCUGCUGAUUUCCUGACCUAUCUUUUCGAAAUACUACUACCUGUGAAAUGUGUGGCCAAUCUACUCAGCGUUAGUGAGAGUACGAUUUUCAGGAGAAUGAAAGAUCAUGGCAUUUCAACCGAGACAUCAUACAGCUCUAUGUCUGAUCAAGAACUAGAUGACAAAAUUGCUGAUCUUAAAGCAAGAGCUCCACAUGCAGGAUACAGAGUUGUUAAAGGACUGUUACAGGAUGAGGGCCAUCGCGUUCAGUGGCACAGGAUUAAAGGUUCCAUGCACAGAAUCGACUCUGCUGGUGUUUUUUCCCAAAUGACACACAUGGGAAGGAAGCACAUGGAAGCACCUUGCUCUUUGGCCUGCAGGAAGCCCUCUUGUCCUCUGAGGCCUUCCAGCCCACCUCCCUGGCUGUGCGUAUAUCAGCUGGGGGAUGACGACGGCAGGCACUGA